AUGGAAGAUGCAAAUGAGCGCAAUUCUGGAGUUUCCAAACUGACGGUGUCAGUCCGCAUUCGCCCUCUGGCUCCGAAAGACUUUGCAAAAGAGAACGUACAAACGACCGCCCGAGCGCUAGACGAUACAAACGUGAUCGUCACUGAACCUACUCCUGAGACUUUUGACGACCACCUUCGGAAGGAUCGUCCGAAAGAGCGCAUAUACGCAUUCGACCGCGUAUUUGGCGAAAAUGCGACACAGGAGGAAGUCUUCCAAGGAACAGUGGAGAACUUGGUCCAUUGGGUCGUAGACGGGUUCAAUGCGACCGUUUUUGCAUACGGGGCAACUGCGGGCAAGACAUAUUCCAUGCUUGGAAACGACACGGAGCCCGGCAUCAUAAAUCUGACUCUGCGGGCACUGUUUGCUGUCUUGAAGCAUAACGGUGAUCAGCCAGAAGCACGGUCGAAACCAAAAAAAGGCCGGCAGCCCUCAUCAACCCCGUCAACCACCUACACCGUCAGUCUCACUUUCCUGGAAAUCUACAAUGAGAACAUUCGAGACCUACUGUCGGGUGUCAGUGUACCAAGAGCUGACUACUUGGACCUCCGGGAAGAUCCGACACGGGGUGUCGUGGUGUCGGGGAUUACGAGCGUCCGAGUCAGAGAUGUGGAAGAGAUAUUGGCAGUGUUGAAGAAGCGGAACCGAUAUCGAACACAGGAGGCCACAGGCGCAAACGAGGCCUCAUCUCGAUCUCAUGCGGUUCUGCAGGUGCUAGUAGGCUGUGCUACCGCAAACAAGACCGGGAAGAGAACAGAGCGUUAUGGAAAACUCAGUAUGAUCGAUCUGGCGGGAUCAGAAAGGGCUGCUGAGACGAAGAAUCGAGGCUUGAGAAUGAUCGAAGGCGCGAAUAUCAAUCGAUCAUUGCUGGCCCUGGGCAACUGCAUAACCGCCCUCGCCGAUACCUCGAAGCGCGGAAAGUACGUCAAUUACAGGGACAGUAAGCUCACCAGGCUCCUCAAAGACUCUCUGGGCGGAAACUGCCGGACAGUCAUGAUAGCCAACAUCAGUCCAGCUUCCACAAGCUUUGAUGAGACUCUGAAUACUCUAAAAUAUGCUACCAGGGCGCGCACCAUCAAAACGAAGGUUACGCAACAGGUAUCCACAAAAUAUGAGCCGUACAAUGCCACGAUACAGCAGCUGCAAGGGGAAAUCGGAGUUCUGAAAGACCGACUGACACGUGCGGAAAGCACGCACCUUCUCGCUGAUAAUCCUAUCAGAGCGGCUGCGAAUAUCAGUGCCAGAGAUCUGUUCCAAACACAGGGGCCCGGAAGCAAGCGUAGCAGUGUCGCUGGUCGACCCCGAUAUGAGGAGAAGCUGCCGCCGUUACAUCGCCCAGGGACAAAGGAGUCGACAUACACCACAAUACAGCAGCGGCGGUCUGUUGGAUCCAUCAAUGAACCAGCGAAUGAAGCUCCGUCCCCAAUAUUCUCGCAAUUGCGGACAGUGUUAGAAAGAGCGUUUGCACGACAUCAGGAGUCCUUCAAAUAUCUGAUUGCGGCAGAAGAAGACCUAGAGGACGAAGCAGAGCUAGAUGAGCUGCGGACCAAAGUUGACGGCAUCGAAGAUGAGAUUCGUCACAUCCAAAAGAGUUUACCAACCUCCCUUGAUGCUCGCGAAAGAGAAAUCUUGGACCUAACUGUUCGCUUGCAUUUCUUUCGAGCAGAUAAUGAAGAUCUCCAGCAUGUGACACAAAUGCAACGCCUUGUUCAAUCGCAAACGAAAAUCCUGAUGGACGCAUCCAUGCUGGCACACCAGACAGCCCUGGACAGAGUGUUGGAGUUGCAGAAAGGGGCUGCAAGCAGUAAGGGAGGGUCAGCUGUCGCGACGCAGUUGGGCUCUCUCCACAAUGAAUUGCUUGCGAACAAAGCAAAUUUUGCCAAUGGUCGCGAUGCCAGUAGAACUUUGGAAACCAACAUCCAGCGUACGGCAGCUCGUAUUCGUCAACGGAAAAUACUAGAUCAACAUGGGGUACCAACCAUCGUGGUACAGCCUCGAGAUGGAGGAGACCAUGAGGCGAAUAUUAGCGAUGACGACUUCGAUGAGGAUGAUGAAGGGGAAAUGGAGAAGAACGACAGCAAAAUCUCUCGGAGGUCAUCAGACGUUGGAUCAGGACCUGUUGGGAAGAAAAAUGCCGGAACAUCCAUGAAUACGUCACUAUCACCUUUACCCGCACUGCCUCCGAACAAAAACGUUACCAAAUCGCAGCCGAGCGAUCGAAGGAUGGACCUCAUGAGGAAGGCAUAUAGUGUCUCGAAGCCUGGCGCACGCCGAUGA